GUGGGAGCGUUCAACUGACUCAUUGCCUGAUGUGAGUCAUACUCAUACACUCACAGAAACUGUUGAGCUGAGCUUAAGGAAUCUCCGCCCUAAAAUCUUGUCAAGAUCAGAUUUACCUGCAGGGAAAUGGGUUUAGUGGUUUGAUCUAAUCGUGUGAAGUCAACCAUCGCAUUUUGCUUCUCUCUCCUCCGCAGUCCCCUAUUUUAUAUAUAAAGAAUGACUUUUUUUUCAUUAUUUGGUCAUUGAAGAUAUGUAAACAAUUAAAGGAGUUGCGUACGCUUAUUCAAGGUCUCUAUCUCUCUCUCUGGAGCUACAAGAGGCAAAGGCUGUUUUCAAGAUUUGGAGGCAGGAUCGAUUCAGUGUGUUUUGCUUUGAGAGCUGGUGAAGAAAAGGGGUUUGAUGGCUUCCCAGAACAAUCCACAUCUGUCGUCUCCUCCAAAACAUGAUCCAAAGGAAACUGUCCAAUUAAUGUUGGGCCUCGUGAAUGAGUUGCACAAACAUGCGUCUGAUAAAUUGGAACAUCGUUUACCUAGAAGCAACAACGAAGAAGGGUCUGAGACUACUAUCCGAAUAGUUUCAUCUCGUGGGGAGGAACAGUUGAUUCCGAUGCUACAACAUCAUCUUGGACUGCUCGAACGUAAGCUGAUAAGGCUGCAGAAACUUCGUGAAGAAGUCCAUGAAGAGGUCUCUGAACAUCUUCGUCCUCUUAAGGCAAUUCUUAAGCAAGUGAAGUCCUCCACGCCUUUUCCUCGAUUGAGCAACGAGGUGAGAUUAGGUUUACGUGGCAUCACCACGAAGGUGUCUGAUUUAGUGGCCAAAGUUCCACAGUUGCCUGACAAGCCGACAAGACAGCUGAAAGCAUUGUCAUUAUAUUCUCAUUCUCCGGAAAACUUCGGAGAUAAUAAUGGCAACCGCAUUAUCCACCUUCCAGGCCUCCACGAAAAUGCAGAAGCUCUCACCAAGUUGAAGGCUUUUAGACAAGUGGAAAAGGAAUUUAUGGAGCUUGCGAUUGAAAAUAAAAUGUGCCUUUUGAGUUUCGCUGUCUUCCCGGAGAACAGAGAAGUUCAUAGAACGAUGUUGAUGUAUUGGUGGAUAGGAGAAGGGUUUAUUCCUGUUGAAGGAGCUGAAGAAUCUGUGAGAGAAGCUCUUCAAGUAUUCACUGACAAAAAGUUGGUUGAACCAGUGGAAGAGAGGCGCAAAGUGGCUCCAAGCAGCUAUAAGAUGAACCCUUUUGUGCAUUCUUCAGUUAUUCAUCUCUCAAAGGAGAUUGGACUUUUUGAUAUCUAUCGUAAAGGGUCUAAGCCACGCAUGAAACAAUCAGAGAUGGGAAAGGUCUGCCUUGUGGAGGGGUCAUCAGCCCAGCCAGAGGCCAAAGCUAGGAAAAUGGAAUCAGCAGAUCGAAUAGAAACUGUAUUAAACGUUUCCGAGAGAUAUCCAGAAUUCGCAUUCAAAUGGUUCUCGGAGCUUCUACCCAAAAUGCUACAAAAGCCUGUGUUCAAGUCACUCCACGUCUUCUAUCUGGGGAGAUGGGAAAGAACUCAGAAGCGAAACAUCGAGGUACCGAAUCCUGAGAUUAUGACAUCUUUGAAUUUUAUGCCCCACCUGAGACUCCUAAGUUUUCAAGGGAUCUCAACAAUUAGAAAGCUCAACCGUUCAGUUUGUAAGCUACACAAGCUGAUCGUCUUGGACCUCAGGGAGUGCUCUGACCUAACGCAACUUCCAGAAAAGAUAGAGUCACUCCACAGUUUGGUCUACUUGGAUAUGACUGGAUGCUAUAUGUUGGAACAUAUUCCCAUGAGGUUGGCUGCACUGAACAAUUUAGAGGUUCUCAAGGGGUUUGUGGUUAGCGACACCGCCUAUGAGGGUGUUGCGUGCACACUGAGAUUGCUGAAGAGGUUGAAGAAGCUAAGAAAGCUCAGCAUUGAAAUACACAGGGAUGAUCUCGGUGUGCACCAAUUGAUGGAGGAUCUUGUAAAGCUCAAAGCAUUGACAAGUUUGAAGGUGACAUGGAGGAAGAAUCUAAACACAGUCCGUGCUGGGAAGCCUGAUGAUUUCAAAAAGAUUGAGAGUCUUCCUGAUCAGUUAAAAAAGCUGAGUCUGCAGCGGUUUCCGCACGAACAGCUUCCUACUUGGAUUCAUCCCCACAAACUGCUUCACCUGAAAAAGCUUCAUAUUGGAGGAGGAAGAUUGCUCAAGGGUUUUGGUGCCUUGCCGGAGAAGGCAACAGAAUGUUCUGUUGAAACAUUACGUCUCACGUCACUCCCAAGGCUAAGGAUCGGGUGGAUUGAGCUGAAAAAACUCUACUUCCCAAAUCUGACCUUUCUUGAGAAGUAUGACUGUCCAAAAAUUAGUCUCACUCCCUGCGAUGGAAAUGGAAUCUGGAGAUCCGACCAAGACGACCAAUGAUGUGCUCGAACACAGACAGGUCCAACGGUGUACGGGAGCAAUCUAAUCUAACCGGAGCAACCUGAUAGAAUGUUCGGUAAAUUAAUUGAUUUGGUAUCUAUAUUUGUGAGAGAAUUUGAAGUAUUUUAUAAUUGUGUUGUUUUCUAUGCUUUAAUUUUGGGGUGUGGGUGUUUUCGGAUUGAAAGACAGUAGAUCUCCGUAUUGUGUUGAAUAAUCGGAUUUGUUAAGGAACAAUGAAUUUGUAUAGCUAAGCGUGUUUCAUAUAAAAUAUAGUGGUUUUAUGAUAA